AUGAGUGUUAUAAGUUGGAAUUGUCGCGGGGUUGCAGCCCCUGCGACAACCUCAGAGGCUCAGGACCUCUGUAGGAAAUUUAAACCAGAUAUUUUGUUCUUGAUAGAAACAAGGGCCAAGGAAGGUAGAAUUAUGAAACUUAAAAAGAAGUUACAUUUUGAGAAACACUUUUGCAUCGAACCCCGGGGCUUGUCCGGUGGUCUAUGCCUUUUGUGGAAUAAAAAUAUUGAUGUUGAUGUUUAUGCAUGGUCUAAUUAUUAUAUAAAAGCUAAAAUAAAAGAAGAUAAUAACUUUGACUGGAGCUGCUAUUUUCUAUAUGGGAACCCAAAAUUUCAACAUAGAAAGGCUCAAUGGAAGGAGUUGUCAGCACAGAAUAGGUCAACGGAUGAUCCACAAAUAUUUAUAGGAGAUUUUAAUGAUAUUUUAGAACAAGAAGAGAAAAUAGGAUUGCACCCAAAGCCUCGAAGUCAAAUAGAGGAAUUUAGAAAAUUUAUUAACUAUAACGAACUGAUGGAUAUAGACUUGAAGGGUGGUAGAUUCACUUGGUUCAGCAACCCAAGGAAUGGAUUUGUCACCAGAGAGAGGUUAGAUAGAGUCUUGGCAAACUGGGCUUGGCGUAUGAUAUAUCAGAAUGCUACGUUAACUGCUCUACCGGCAAUUAGCUCAGACCACUGUCCGAUCUUUCUACAGCUAAAGCCAAAGGGAAGAAGCUCCAAGCAGUUUAGGUAUGAGGCUUAUUGGGAAGAUCAUAAAGAAUGCAAGGAAAUUAUCAAAAAAGGAUGGAAUAAUAAUGAAAAUCAACAAGGAAAAUGGGAAGAUCUUUCAGGCAAAAUAAAGAAUUGCAAAAUUGAAUUGAGCAAAUGGAGUAAAAAAACUUUUAGAAGAGCAGAUAGGGAGAUUAAUGAGCUGAAGGAAGAGAUAAAGCAGCUUCAGGAAAGAGACCUAACUGAGGAAGUUCAGCAAUGUAUUAUAACUGAAGAAAAAAAUUGA